AUGAAUUCCUAUUUCACAAACCCGUCGCUCUCUUGCCACCUCACCAGUGGUCAAGAGGUACUGCCCAACGUGGCUCUCAAUUCCACUGCCUAUGACCCUGUAAGGCAUUUUUCAACUUAUGGAGCAGCGGUUGCUCAAAACAGGAUCUAUUCAUCUCCUUUUUAUUCACCGCAAGAUAAUGUUGUGUUUAGCUCCAGUCGGGGACCAUAUGAUUACGGAUCUAAUGCCUUUUAUCAAGAAAAAGACAUGCUCUCUAGCUGCAGGCAAAAUUCUAUGGGACACAAUACACAAACUUCCAUUGCACAGGAUUUUACAAGUGACCAAAACAGGAGCACAUCCCAGGAACAGAAAACUAGCAUUCAGAUAUACCCGUGGAUGCAGCGCAUGAACUCCCACAGUGGGGUCGGCUAUGGAGCAGAUCGGAGGAGGGGGCGUCAGAUCUACUCCCGUUACCAGACCCUGGAACUGGAGAAGGAGUUCCAUUUCAAUCGCUACCUGACACGGCGGAGAAGAAUCGAGAUCGCCAACGCGCUUUGCCUAACGGAGCGCCAGAUCAAGAUCUGGUUCCAAAACAGGAGGAUGAAAUGGAAAAAGGAGAGCAAUCUGAGUUCCACCCUGUCUGGAGGGGGUGGCGCUGGAGCAGCUGCCGAUAGCUUGGGUGCAAAGGAGGAGAAAAGAGAAGAAACAGAGGAGGAAAAACCAAAGGAAUGA